AUGGGUUUCUACGAGACCAAUCUGGCAGUGCUGGCUGCAGUAAGCACUUACUUGCUCUAUCGGCAACAUCAAUCCGAAAAAGAAAACUCGGCAGCGGAGGCGGAGAGUGGGAUGAAAAGUGUACUUGGGCAAGAUGCAAUCAAGAGAUUCAAGAGAUCUUUCUUCCCAGCAUAUGCUCUGGUGUGCGCAGCCGACUGGCUUCAGGGGCCUCAUAUCUACGCUCUCUACAAAUAUCACAAACAUCUGCCAGAAACGACGGUGGCUGCUCUCUAUGCAAGCGGCUUUGUUGCAGGCGCUCUCAGUGCCUCGUUCGUUGGUCAGUUGGCUGAUAAAUAUGGUCGGCGAAACGCAUGUCUGUUGUACUGCAUCAUCUACACGAUGGGUUGCUUUACUAUGCUCUCUGAUGACUUACUCGUCUUGUUUGCCGGUAGGGCUUGCGGUGGUAUCAGUACAACACUACUGUAUAGCGUUUUUGAGACUUGGAUGAUCGCCGAGUACCAUGAUCAAGCCUUGGAUGCCUACGGAUUAAGUCUGGGAAGCAUGUUUGGAAAGAUGACCACGCUCAGUAGCGUUGUUGCAAUCGUCUCUGGUGUGGUCGGUGAUUUUCUGGUCAAAUCACUGGACUCAAAGACGAGCCCUUUCAUGGCUAGCGUGACUUGCUUGGUACUGGCAUUCAUCUUCAUAUCGAAGCGUUGGGUUCAGAAUGAAAACUAUGGAGACAGUGCAAGCAGCAAAGACAAAAACGGAGAGUCCAUCGAUCUCAGCAGUAUUCUCUUUGAUCCAAAGAUUAUAUCAGUUGGCCUUGCUUCCUGCUUCUUUGAAGGGAGCAUGUACAUGUUCGUCUUCUUCUGGUCAGCGGCGCUUUCCACUGUUCAUGCUGCUGUUGGCUUCACCGAUCCACUUCCCUUCGGUGUAGUCUUUAGCUCCUAUAUGUGUUCAAUGAUGGUGGGCUCCAUAGUCUUCACUCUUGUCCCACCAUCCGAUGACAAAGCACACUAUAUCCUCAAGAUUGUAUUGACCAGCGCAAGCAUCUGCUUCCUCUCCAGCAUCCUGCUCAAGAGCGAGGCAUUGGUCUUCUGGGCAUUCUGUCUUUUUGAGUUGUGCGUGGGUGCAUACUUCCCGAGUAUGGCCUCGCUGAAGGGCAAAUUGAUUCAAGACGGCAGUCGUGGUAGAAUAUACGGUGUUCUCAGACUACCACUGAAUCUUUUCGUCAUCACAGCACAUAGUCUUGCUGAAGAAGGCGACCUACAUCGUAAUAAUGUGUUCUUGACUUGUGGUGGCCUUCUGAUAGUCACUUUUAUCGUCGUACAACGUUAUCUCACGUACGAAUCCUGA